AGAAGAGUUCCGGCUUCGGCCUCUGCCGCUGCCGCCGCUGCUACAGUCGCCGCUGCCGCCGCCGCCUUUGCGGCUUCUUUUUUCUAAAAUGGCGCCCCUAGACCUGGACAAGUAUGUAGAGAUAGCGCGACUGUGCAAGUACCUGCCGGAGAACGACCUGAAGCGGCUUUGUGACUAUGUUUGUGACCUCCUCUUGGAAGAGUCAAAUGUUCAGCCAGUAUCGACACCAGUAACAGUGUGUGGAGAUAUACAUGGACAGUUUUAUGACCUUUGUGAACUAUUCAGAACUGGAGGUCAGGUUCCUGACACAAACUACAUAUUUAUGGGUGAUUUUGUAGACAGAGGUUACUAUAGUUUGGAGACCUUCACUUACCUUCUUGCACUAAAGGCUAAAUGGCCUGAUCGUAUUACACUCUUACGAGGAAAUCACGAAAGUAGACAGAUAACACAGGUGUAUGGAUUUUAUGAUGAGUGCCAAACCAAAUAUGGAAAUGCUAAUGCAUGGAGAUACUGUACCAAAGUUUUUGACAUGCUCACAGUAGCAGCUUUAAUAGAUGAGCAGAUUUUGUGUGUUCAUGGUGGUUUAUCUCCUGAUAUCAAAACACUGGAUCAGAUUCGAACAAUUGAACGGAAUCAAGAAAUUCCUCAUAAAGGAGCAUUUUGUGACCUGGUGUGGUCAGAUCCUGAAGAUGUGGAUACUUGGGCAAUCAGUCCUCGAGGAGCAGGCUGGCUUUUUGGGGCAAAGGUCACAAAUGAGUUUGUUCAUAUCAACAACUUAAAACUCAUCUGCAGAGCACACCAACUAGUGCAUGAAGGCUAUAAAUUUAUGUUUGAUGAGAAGCUGGUAACAGUAUGGUCUGCUCCUAAUUACUGCUAUCGUUGUGGAAAUAUUGCCUCGAUUAUGGUCUUCAAAGAUGUAAAUACAAGAGAACCAAAGUUAUUCCGGGCAGUUCCAGAUUCAGAACGUGUUAUUCCUCCCAGAACAACGACGCCGUAUUUUCUUUGAGGCCUUCGCCCAUCCUGCUGACCUGUUUUCCAGCCCUCUUCUUACCCCAACUUUUCGUGUAUUACCUUCUAUAAUAUACUUUUUAUUGAGCACUUUGCUGCUGAAAUGCUGCCUCUUGCCUUUUUUUUAUUUUAAAUUAUCUAAAUUUAUUGUUUGUUAUGGUGUUUAUAGCAAUGUUUUUCUAUCAGUUUUCUCCCCAUCCCAUCCCCACCUGGACUCAUUUGAGAAGACUUGAGAAAUGUCUUAAUAACACUGCUGCAUGUAGCUCUUGCUUAUUUACUGGUCUGGGGGAAACAGGAUAUGUUUCCUUUGUUUAAAAAGCCAAUUGACAGAACAGUCUACACCGAAAUAUUCCUCCUUUUGUAUCAUUCAGCUUUUUGUUUUAGUUUGGUAAGUUUUAAGAAAUUUCAGCAGCAAAGUUGUUAUUCAGUGGGCACGAUGGACUGCAAAUGCCUCGAGUUAUGUAUACCUGUUUCAGCUGUAAACUUCAUUGUCCUUUGUUGGAUGAGAUUUUAAAUGGAUAUAAAAUAAAUUGGUCUAAAGGGCUGCCCUCCUUGUUGUGUUUUUAAAUUUUAGUUAAAAACUGCUACAGCUUAUGACUUUGUACAUUAAGAUAAUUGUACUGAUCUUUUUUCAGAUUUCUUGUAUUUUUUAAUAAAGUAAUCUUAAACCCAGAUAGGUUAAGUGAUAGAAAUUUUAAACAGCUUACAUUGUUAGCUUAAAAUGAUUCUCUUUUUUUUCUUUCCUAAUCAGAGUUCUUGACCCUUUGGUUAUUGAGUUCAAAACUUCAAUUGAAAUUCAGCAGUAUUUGUUUAAAAACAAAAUCACUGAACUGUGCCUAAAGAACAUAACUGCCAUAUUAAUGUUUUGGUUUAUAUCCUCUAUAGUAAUAGGAAAACAUUUAAUACUUGUAAUGCUGUCCUGUUCAUUUGAUACCAGUUGGGUAGAAUGUGAUCAAUCCAGUUUACAAUCUAUCAUGAAUAUCAUUAAGUAAAAUCUAUGUAUUUUUCAAUAGGAGUCAUUUCUUCUCUUGUUGUAACACUUGACCUUAACUUUUACAAAGUGUUCAUUUUUUAACUACAACUGGAAAGGUUGAAAAGUCAGGCCUCUUGUAUUUGUGAACUGUACUCUGAAACAGAUUUUUAAAAGUGUAGAAAGAAACAAAUUGUCCUUUUUAUAAAGGCCUGUGAUACCAUGUUUCGGCUUUGUGUAAGUAAUUUGAAUGUCCAAAGGGUUGUGAUGAUCAGUUCUUGAUAUGCAACUGUCCGUUUAAUAAGGACAAGCAUUCCAGUAUCUCUUACGACUGUGGUCAUAAAUGAUGUUGGAAUUUCACAUUUUUUGAAAUAGUUGGUAUCCCUUUACUAUGAUUUUUAUCAUUCCAGGAAAUCCUUGUGAAGCCAGCCAAUUAAUAAAGCACUUUAGCAUCUGUUCAGGUAGUUUUGAAAACCAACUUUUCACCUUCAGGAUAAGAACUUGCAGGUUACCUAAAAAUGCAAUAAAAUCCUUAAAAUCUAAGCUUCUCGGCACAUAAUUUUUCAUCAGGGUUUGCUUUCAUUAAAUGAGCACAAUACUGUUUUUAUUUUAUUUUUUUUUCCUUAACAUCCAGCUUCUUGUGUAGUUUUUGAUUGUAUAGCUAUGUGAAAGAAGAGGCUAAGACUCUUGCUGCACACACUUGAACUAAUGUUGGGUCAGUAGCUUCAUGUUAAUGCCCUGAUCCCAGUGUAAUUCAGGGGGAAAGAUAUUUUUAUCUUACAGGGAUAUGUAGCUGUGUAUUUUACUAAUUGUGAAACACUGGAAAUUAAUGAUGCAGACAACUUGGUGUGGUCUUUGAACAGCUCUCUAUGGUCUUUUUUCCGUUACCAUAAUUGUAUUUAAGUGCUUGCUCUCCACCGCUUUUAAGUUGUACCAAUAAAACUGGUAACCUUCAGCCCACUCUUCCCAUUUGACAUUCCUUAGCUUAGGCUGAUGUAGUUGUUUUAGUUAUCCCUGUAAUGUGACUUUUAAGUCGUAGUAUACUGCAUUUGUUGUUACUAGUUGGGCACAUGCCAAUAAUAUUCUGUCCAUUCCUUAACUGCCAUCUGUUUUGCCUGAUUUCUCUUCAACUGAAUAAUGACUUUUUGCAUGGAAAAAAAUAGUUUUUACUCUUAGAUGUGUAAAGGGAAGAGAGAGUGAAUGUAUUGGACUUUGUAAGCCUAAGAGGAAUAUUUGGAUCCCUCUAAUAAAUAAGGGCUAUGUACUAUGUAGCAUAAUCAUGUGGUGGAAGAUACUUGCAAGUCAUAGAUACGUAGGCAGGAGGAUUUGUCAUUCCCUGUACCUAGGCUGAAUGUAAAAUCCCUUAUGUUGUAUUAAUGGGGGAGGCGGUAACUAUUUUUAUUUGCCUAUGAUAUACUUGGUUUCUAAUAAAGUGUCCUAGGCUCUAGUGA